AUGAAGAAAACGUAUGCUAGUCGAGAGGAUAUUGGAUAUGAUUUUGGAGAUGACUCAAAAGUUGGAAGUAAGCCAAUUAAGUCCAAUUCAAACAUCGAUAGAGGAUGGGCUUGGAUGAUUGUACUUUCCUCUUUCCUUGCGCACAUACUUAUCAUGGGGUCCCAAAUGGCUCUUGGAAUACUCAACACGGAAUGGCUUGAAGAGUUUAAUCAAAGUCGUGGCUUAACAGCAUGGGUUAGCUCCCUCAGCAUUGGAAUUACACUUAUUGUAGGUCCUUUCAUUGGUUUAUUCAUCAGCAUGUGUGGGUGCCGCAAGACAGCUAUAAUUGGAGGGAUAUUGAACGCCCUAGGUUGGAUACUGAGUGCCUACGCCUCCAGCGUGCACUAUCUCUUCCUCACGUUUGGAGUGACAGCUGGCGUUGGCAGCGGGAUGGUCUAUCUGCCUGCAGUGGUCAUGGUAGGGCAGUAUUUCCAGAAGAGAAGAGCGCUUGCACAAGGACUCAGUACCACAGGAACAGGGUUUGGAGCUUUCCUAAUGACUGCCUUACUGAAAUAUCUCUGCAUCGAAUUUGGGUGGCGGAACACCAUGUUCAUCCAAGGUGCCAUCUGCCUGAACCUUUGUGUCUGUGGGACACUUAUGAGACCACUGUCUCACAAGGGUGUUAGUGAAAAAUAUGUUCUGAGAAGUAAUAGUGAAGAUAAUCAGGCAAAAGCUCUGUCCCAUUUAGCAGAGACUAUAAAACCUAAUGGAGUUCUCAGUGAAGAACUGGAAAAAAAAGCAGCAGCAGCAAAUGAGGAAGUACUUGACAGUGUUCAGCAAAUAGAAAUUGGAGGUAAAUGUAGAAGUGGAAGGGCUGUGUACAGCCUGGGCAUUCUUAAGAGAGUGAGCCAAUUGACGGUGGCAGUCAGGAAGGGCUUUGCCGUAUGGUACUCCAGCUACUUUGGAGCUGCAUCACUGUUUACCAAUAGAGUAUUUGUAGCAUUUAUAAUCUGGGCUUUGUUUGCCUAUAGCAGCUUUGUCAUUCCCUUUAUUCAUCUUCCAGAAAUAGUCAAGCAGUACAACUUAUCUAGUCAGAAUAAUACAUUUCCUUUGACAUCCAUUAUAGCUGUUGUUCAUAUUUUUGGUAAAGUGAUCCUUGGAAUCAUCUCUGAUCUGCCAUGCAUCAGCACGUGGAACGUCUUCCUCAUAGCUAACUUUACCCUGGUCACAUGCAUCCUUUCUUUGCCACUAAUGCAAACAUACCUUAGCCUGGGUGUGGUUUGUGCUCUAAUAGGAUUUUCUAGUGGUUAUUUUUCUCUAAUGCCUGUUGUGACUGAAGAUUUAGUUGGAAGUAAACACCUUGCAAAUGCGUAUGGUAUCAUCAUUUGUGCCAACGGAAUAUCUGCAUUGUUUGGACCACCCUUUGCAGGUUGGAUCUAUGACAUCACACAUAAAUACGAUUUUUCUUUUUACAUCUCUGGCUUGCUAUACAUGAUGGGAAUAAUAUUUUUACUUAUACAACCUUGUAUUAAAAAGAAACAACCAAGAGAAAAAUCUGCAGAAGGAGCAAAAGUAUAG